ACCCUCAUCCGGUUAAAGAACAAAGCGACUCGUCGCCACUCGGCCCACCCACCCGUUUAAUUCCAUCUCCUUGACUCCCCACUUUUCUUUAUCUCCUUGGAACGAAGGGGCCUUUGGGAAGGGAAACCCACCCGACCAUGGCACUCCCGUGAGGAGGACAGAAGAGGAACCACCAGGCCACCAAAUCCUAAUAACAAUUCCAAUAAACAUGACCCUACUUCGGUUAUCACCACCCACCCACGUCCUGCGCCAGUGGUCUUCUGAUGUCCUCCAAUCCGCCCCCCGCCUUCGUCCUCGCCCAAUGGUGACACCCUCCGAUGGCCAUUGCUGAAGCAUCUCGCUCCGAUCUGCCUCAAUUUGGUAUCUUGAGAUGAACUCGGGGGAUGAAUCGACGCUAUUCUUGGAGCUCUUGGCAGCGAGAAGUGGUUUCAAUUUCGAACAACUUGUCAAUGUAGCUUGAUUUGGGGGGAUUGGACGAUGGAUGUAUGUAUAAUCGAGCCGCCGGGGCCUGCUCCUCAACAGAAGACAGCACAGGCGGAAGAUCAUCGGAGGCGGCCGUUAGUUCCGUCUGAGAAGAACAAUGCCUUCCCUGCCUCAGGGAAGCCCCGGACCAGAGAUGCCACAUCUAGGUACAAGUCAGGGAUCUCGUCUACUCCGGCUUCCGCCCCUAGUAAACCGAGGCGAUCCGCGUCUCCUGUCACCGGUCGUACGUCUCAAGCGCAGGAAACGUCCCUCCCUAAGCGAGCGCAAUCGGCCGAGAGGAGAAGACCAUCUACUCCGGCAAAGGUUUCGGAGCCUUUUUCCACAUCUUCUAGGCCUUCGACACCCUCCUCUCCAUCUUCCAGGCCAACGACACCGGUGCGGGAUACGGUGACUGAAGCACGUAAUGGUACGCGGAGAUUGUUCAGCAGCAGGGCUCCUGAUGGCUUGUGGCCGUCAAUGCGGAGCCUGUCUUCCAGUUUCCAGUCAGAAUCUACCUCGGUUUCUGCCAGUAAAAGGGAAAAGGUGGUUCUUGCUGGUUCCACGGAUCAAUUAACAAAGACUUCGGCCAACAAGGAGACCGAGAGGAAAAAGACUCCCCUCAGGGGGAGGAACACAAUUGAGCAAUCAGAGAAUUCUAGGUCGCUGGAAAACUUGAAUGCAAAGAUCAUAAAUCAACACCGGUGGCCUGGUAUUUUAGGGGGAAGAGUGUCUGCAAAUGGCUUGUCGAGGAGUGUAGAUCUCACUAAUGACAAGGCCACUAGAUCUGCCUCCUCGCCAGUUUCAACAAGAGGGGCUUCACCAAAGAGAAUGCCCACAUCUGAUGGUUCAGCCAGAGGUCUCCAGCAAUCGGUUAGUGAGGUGGCAAGGCAGUUGGCUAUUGACGGAAGUAAAAGAGUAGAGCUAGAUGUGAAAUCUGGCGAAAAUUCAACUUCACAAGCAUCAGGCAGAUCAUCAUCUGUGACACGCCCAAGUAGGACUCAGUCAUUACCAUCCCCAGUUUCUCAACGUCCUGCAUCACCAAACAGGGCAUUGUCGACAACAUCAUCCAACUCAAGGGGCAUAUCCCCAUUUUCACAACGUCCUGCAUCACCAAACAGGGCUUUGUUGACACCAUCAUCUAACUCUAGGGGCGUAUCCCAAGUUCCACAACGGCCCUCAUCACCAAACAGGGUUUUGUCGACACCAUCAUCUAAUUCUAGGGGCAUGCUAAGUCCAUCACGGACAAGACCAUCAACUCCUAUCUCAUCAUCUGGCAGUACAAUGAUUCGAGCAGGUGCUACAUCCUCUGCACUUAAUUAUAUUGCUGAUGCACGAAAAGGAAAGAAGAUACCAAACCAUGUAGAAGAUGGUCAUCAGCUGAGACUGAUAUAUAAUGCAGCUUCACAAUGGCACUUUGUUAAUGCCCAAGCAGAAGAACAACUAUCUAUUCAGAAAAUGAGGGCAGAGAAAAUCCUUUACAACAUGUGGCAUACCAUCUUGAAGUUGCGUGAUUCUGUCAUUAUAAAAAGGAUUGCAAUGCAGCACCUGAGACAAGAGUCAAAGAUGAGCACAAUUUUGAAUGAACAAAUUGCAUAUCUUAACCAUUGGGUUGCUCUGGAAAGGGAACACUGUAGCUCUUUAUCGGGAGCAGCUGAAGUUCUUAAGGCAAGCACACUUCGGCUUCCUGUUACAGGAGGGGCAAGGGCAGAUGUGCUUUCUAUGAAGAAUGCUGUUAGUUCGGCAGUUGAUGUAAUGCAAGCAAUGGGUUCUUCAAUUUGUCAUUUGCUCUCAAAGGUUGAUGGCAUGAUGUCUCUGAUUUCUGAGCUUUCAUUUGUUGUAGCAAGAGAAAGAGCCCUGCUUGAUGAGUGUAGAGAGUUGCUAGCUACAACAGCAGCAAUGCAGGUGCACGAGUCCAGCCUCGGAACGCAUCUCAUACAACAAAGGCAAGAUGCUCUUAAGCUGGAGUAGCCAGCCAACCAUGCAAUUUUGAGAUACUCCUGAAGACCAUGGUGUGCAAUGCUCUUUCUGGCUAACAACUUAGAUGCUAGAUAUAACCACAACUUAUGGGCCUGAGUGAUUGUUUUUAUUUUUCUCUUUCUGCGUGCUCAUUCAUUCUCUCUUCUCUUCCCCCUUCUUUUUUUUCUGUCUUACAAAGGCUGAGCUGAGCUGUGUUCUCCCCACAUGUAAUUUUUGUUACCCCUGUGGGGAAGAAAAAAGAGAAGCUGCAAGAAAUGAGAGCUAAGUUUGAACCCAUGCAACAAAGGUGUUUAUUUGGAUACUUUUUCACUAAUCACUGAUAUAAUUUGUGAUCCA